GCAAUCCAAAUUAAUCAUAAAAGAUCCACUUUUUAAAGCAAAGCAUAAUCAAUUUAUGUUCAAUAACUCAUCACAAUCUCUGGCAUAUACUAUGCUUAUAUAUAACCAAACCACUCCUAGAGAUCUGAGUCCCUCUUAUUGCACUCUACACCAAAACCUAAAAAUAUGCAAAUGAGAUCUCUAAAUCUUCUAUUUGUCUCCUUAAUCUUGUUUUUCUCAAUAGCUUGUACCUUCUCUAAAUCCAUAGAGCAUGAUGUCGAAGACGCUCCCAUCGAUAGCAUAUCCGAAUGGUGUGACACUGUUCCUUAUCCUAAGCCGUGUAAAUACUUCGUGGCUCGAACACCAGGCAUGUUCGAGCCAAAAACAAAGGCUGGUUUUAGGAAAAUGAUAAUUGAGGCGGCCUUGGACCGUACUUUAGCAGCCCAAGGCCACUUAUGGAUGUGGGGUCAACAAUGUGCAAACCAUAGGGAACGAGCUGCUUGGUCUGAUUGUAUUAGUCUCUAUAGCAACACAAUCUAUCAACUCAAUAAUACUCUUUAUGGUUUAACCAGUAACUCGAGUUUCACUGAUUUCGAUGCACAAACUUGGUUAAGUUCUUCCCUUACUAACCUUGAUACAUGCAUGAGUGGGUCCCAAGACAUGAACGUUACAAAGUUCAUAUGGCCCCACGUCUCAUACAAUGUAUCCGAAUUAAUAUCUAAUGGGCUAUCAAUCAACGAAGGUCUAAUCGAUGAUUUUAUCAACUCAACUAGCAAUGGUACGGGCACAACCAACGACUAUCCUGUUUGGGUUAGCCAUGACGAGAGGAGGUUAUUACAAGUUUCUCGGAAAUUGGCUAGCUCAAGGGCGAUGUUCGUGGUGUCGAAAGAUCGGUCGAGCCCUUAUCGGACCGUUCAGUCCGCGAUUAAUGCUGCGGCUAGGAGUCGUAUUAGAGGGAGGAAAAUAAUACACGUUAAAAGAGGGAUUUAUAAAGAAAAUGUAUAUGUUGGUCCUUUUAACAAUGAUAUUAUGUUGGUUGGUGAUGGAAUGAGGAAUACUAUAAUUACUAGUAGUAGAAGUGCUCGAUCUGGUUAUACAACUUAUAGCUCUGCAACUGCAGGUAUUGAUGGGCUUCGAUUCAUGGCCCGUGACAUCACCUUUCAGAACACAGCUGGACCACAAAUGGGCCAGGCCGUAGCACUUCGUUCAAGCUCGGACCUUUCAGUUUUCUACCGAUGUGCAUUCCUUGGAUACCAAGACACACUUUUUGUACACUCUCAAAGACAAUUCUACAAAAUGUGUUAUAUUUUUGGCACCAUAGACAUUAUUUUUGGUAACGCAGCCGUUGUGUUCCAAAGUUGCAUGAUCUAUGCUAGGGUACCCGUUUAUGGCCAAGCUAAUGUCAUAACAGCCCAAGGUCGAGCUGACCCGAAUCAAAACACUGGGAUAGUGAUCCAUGGGUGUCGGAUCAUGGCCGACCAAGACCUUAGGGGUAAAAUUGCAUCCAUUACAACUUACUUGGGUCGUCCAUGGCAACAAUAUUCGCGUACCAUUAUCAUGAGAUCGUAUUUGGGUGGGUUGGUGAACGUUGCAGGUUGGAUGCCUUGGAAGACAGCUGGGUUUUUAAGAACCCUGUACUAUGCAGAGUAUGGAAAUUUCGGGCCUGGAGCAAGACUUCGACGUAGGGUCAAGUGGCCCGGUUACCAUAUCCUCACAAGGCCCAACGCAGUCUCGCAAUUCACCGUAGAACGCUUUAUCGCUGGUCGAAAAUGGCUUCCAGCAACUGGUGUGCCCUUCAGUCCUGGAGUUUAAGCCAUUAAAAUUGUGUUAAUUAUUUUGUUUGAUGAUUAAUUUCUCAUUGAUCAUAAUAUUGGUGUAGCUACUGUCUAGGGAUUAUUUUUUACUCCUUUUCCUAAUUCAGUAAUUAUUUGAAGAUUUAUUAGGUAAUUAUUAUCAAAUUAUGUUGAUUUACACAUAUUUAAUUCAUGUAAAAAUGAGGGAUUGGAAGAUUUAUAAUUAGGGCAACAUUCUUUCCCUUUACAAACCUACAACAUUUGUAUUUCAAAGUUAAGCAUGACUGAGUUUGAUUUAUUGUUUUGAUC